AUGAUGUCAACUGAUGACUCGCAGAAAUUGCAGCUGUAUGUGAUCGCAAAGCCCUCUGCCCACCCCGGCGUCUCCGCGCCCUGUGCCACGGUGGAGAAUUUCCUGCGUCUGGCGAAGGUUCCCUACGAGGUGCACACACUUAACGACGUUCGCAUCUCCCCAACGGGAAACCUACCACUUCUUCGGUACAAGGGCAACUGCCUGGACGCCCCGGACACCAUCAUCGCGUUUGUCACAUCGACCUUCAACGUUAAACUUGAUAAAUACCUCACUGACAAGGAAAAGGCCAUCGGCGUCGCCCUCGCGGCGUUGGCAAAGUACUGCGCUUGGUGGUCCUAUGACUGGUUGCCCCGCACCGAGAAGCGCAACGUCGUCAAGGCCUUUCUCGUAAAGAUGCUGCAAAAAGUAACGAUGUCGGAUGAGCUGACGCUGAAGAGUGCAAUGCAAACUAGGCAGGAGGAGGAUCUUCAGGCCAUAGAGAAGGUUAUAGGUGCCAAGAAUUAUUUACUGGGAUCUACUCCCACCAGCUACGACUGCGCCUUGUAUGCCUUGUUGCUGCCGCUUGCCUCACCCAACGUGGGUGGGGCAGCGACGUACGUGACGAAUAGCAGAGUACUCACGGGCUACAUGAAACGCAUGUCAAAUUCCACAUUGACUGCGCAAAACGGGGAGAGUCUCCACACGAAUGGGAAAUCGCGCUGA